AGGUCAUGAAGGGCAUCAGCAAAGUCCCUUUCCCCGUGAAGUGCCAGGGUCCGGUAGGCGACUUGAUCAAGGGCCUUCUGAAGAAGGAGCCGAGCGAGCGCCUGCCCAUGAGACCUGGCGGCACCCGCAACAUCAAGGACCACAAGUGGUACCAGGACUUCGAUUGGGGGGCAAUGGAGAGCGGGACAUUGGAUGCGCCGUACAAGCCCACGGUCAAGAGCAAGAAGGACAUUGCAAACUUCUCGGCACGGCCUGAGGACAUGCCGAAGCAGAUUACAUACAAGGACGACGGCACGGGAUGGGACAAAGAGUUCGCGAGUUGAUCACUCCUCGUCUUUAUCCUCCUCCCCUCCUCCACUGCCGCGCUGGGCCAAAGACUUCGCCAGCUGGCGCCCUGCCUUUCACGGUGCAAGAUUGGGCCAUUUUUCGCAACCCCGACUUCCAGCGGAUUGACUUAAAAAACAUCCGCCGGAUGUCUGGGAGAUUCAGUGUUACUAUUGUUUGAGCAGGGACGGCAUGUUUCACCUACUGUGACUUUGCUGUGAAGCAGGCAUCAGCUCUCGCAAGACUGCUGUAGAUACUUUACCCGCGAAGGUUCCGAAUAAUGCUGUCCCCGCUUACGCGUUCAAUUAUUAUGCCUGGAUGUCCAUGCUAUUUGGUGUUUCUUUCCCGUCUGCACAAGCCACUAUUGACCUAUCGGAUCUGACAAUUUGUAUCCGCUGGGUUUUUCCAUUGGCGCGUGUAGGGACCAGCAUUUCCACGCUCCGUCAAGAUUCGAGAGCCUGUCGGUGCUGUGCGACGCUGAGAUUUCAGGGCCAGGCCCAAGCUUCAGAAAACUUGCCGCGCUCUUCGCACACAUGCUUGUCGUGCCAGCGGAGAGUGUAGUCACGAUGUUCAUGAUGUUCUGCGUCAUGCCAGAAGCUCCUGUCUAGGGAGCGUGGGCGACUUCGGG